AUGCUGUCGCGCAGCUCUGCCCGGUCGGCGCAAAGCCUUCGCACCUUUGCCACGGUUCAAUCCGACAUCUUCAAGCCAACGAAAUAUGGCGGGAAAUACACGGUCACUCUAAUCCCUGGCGAUGGUAUUGGAGCCGAAGUCGCAGAAUCAGUGAAGACAAUUUUCAAGGCGGACAAUGUGCCAGUUGAAUGGGAGCAAGUCGAUGUGUCGGGUGUCGAGUCGGGAGACAAGCACAGCGAGGAGCUAUUCCGGGAAUCAAUUGCCUCAUUGAAGCGAAACAAGCUUGGGCUGAAAGGAAUUCUGCACACACCUAUCGAGCGUUCCGGCCACCAGUCUUUCAAUGUAGCCAUGCGACAAGAGCUCGAUAUCUAUGCGUCAGUAGUCCUUAUCAAGAACAUCCCCGGCUACAAGACCCGCCACGAUAACGUCGAUUUCUGCCUUAUUCGAGAGAACACCGAGGGCGAGUACUCUGGCCUCGAGCACCAAUCAGUCUCAGGCGUCGUCGAAUCACUCAAGAUCAUCACCCGCGCAAAGUCAGAACGCAUUGCCAAGUUCGCAUUCAGCUUCGCGCUGGCAAAUAACCGCAAGAAGGUCACCUGUAUCCACAAGGCCAACAUCAUGAAGCUCGCAGACGGUCUGUUCCGAAACACUUUCAAUGCUGUUGCGAAGGAAUACCCAACUCUCGAGACAAACGACAUGAUUGUGGACAACGCGUCCAUGCAGUGUGUCUCGCGGCCGCAGCAGUUCGACGUUAUGGUCAUGCCUAAUUUAUACGGAGGAAUAUUGUCCAAUGUCGGAGCUGCGCUUGUUGGAGGUCCGGGUAUCGUUCCGGGCUGCAACAUGGGCCGCGAUGUAGCUGUCUUUGAGCCUGGGUGCCGUCACGUUGGUCUUGAUAUCAAGGGCAAGGACCAGGCCAACCCCACAGCGAUGAUCCUCUCCGGGUCUAUGCUUCUGAGACAUCUCGGUCUUGAUGAGCAUGCUAACCGCAUUUCCAAGGCUGUGUACGAUGUUAUCAGCGAUGGCAAUGUUCGCACUCGGGAUAUGGGGGGAGAAAGCAGCACACACCAGUUCACAAGAGCGGUUCUGGAUAAGAUGGAGGCUGCGACUUAAAAGCGGAUCUCAAUUGUAUAAAGGGGACGUAGACUCGACCGGCUGUACUUUAGUAUGCAUAAGCAAGGUGCAUUCCUGUUUUCUACUUAACACCUCGUGCCAUUGCAAUUCGUUUCAUACACCAUACGGCAACCCCGUCCAAGCCAGCAAGUAACAUAUUGAAGUCUCAAUCCUCAAAUGCCCACCUCAAUUCGAGAAGCAUAAACUCC